AUGGGGCUGCAGCCGAGCCCGGUCCUGCUGGCCUCCCUGGGCGCGGGGCUGCUGACACUGCUCGGCGUGGCUCUGGGCGCCUACCUAGUGCGGAGGUCCCGCCGGCCGCCGGUCACGCUCCUGGACCCCAACGAGAAGUACCGGCUGCGACUGCUAGACAAGACGACCGUGAACCACAACACCAAGAGGUUCCGCUUUGCCCUGCCCACGGCUCAUCACGUUCUGGGGCUGCCUGUGGGCAAACAUGUCUACCUCUCUGCCCGGAUCGAUGGCAGCCUGGUCAUCAGGCCGUACACUCCUGUCACCAGCGAUGAGGACCAGGGCUACGUGGAUCUUGUCAUCAAGGUCUAUCUGAAGGGUGUGCACCCCAAAUUUCCUGAGGGGGGGAAGAUGUCUCAGUACCUGGAUAGCCUGAAGAUUGGGGAUGUGGUGGAGUUUCGAGGGCCGAGUGGGCUGCUCACUUACGCCGGAAAAGGGAAAUUUAACAUCCAGCCCAACAAAAAGGCUCCACCAGAAGCACGCAUGGCUAGGAACCUGGGAAUGAUUGCCGGAGGCACAGGAAUCACGCCAAUGCUGCAGCUGACCCGGGCCAUCCUGAAAGACCCCGAAGAUCCCACCCGCUGCUUUCUGCUGUUUGCCAACCAGACUGAAAAGGACAUAAUCUUACGAGAGGACUUGGAGGAGCUGCAGGCCCGACACCCCAACCGCUUUAAGCUCUGGUUCACUCUGGAUCACCCCCCAGAAGGUUGGGCCUACAGCAAGGGCUUCGUCUCCGCAGACAUGAUCCAGGAGCACCUGCCCGCUCCUGGGGAGGACGUGCUGCUGCUGCUCUGUGGGCCACCCCCGAUGGUGCAGCUGGCCUGCCACCCCAACCUGGACAAACUGGGCUACUCACCAAAGAUGCGCUUCACCUACUGA